AGAGGGGAGGGAGUUGUGUGGCUUAGGGGCCCCAGCCCUUCCUCUGCCCCCGCCUGCCGCCUGCUGCAGGCCAGAGCUGCCCAGCUGGGUGCAAGACGCCAUCUUGGGUCAAGGUGCAGCCACAGGGGGCUCCCUUCAGGAGCCAGGGGAGAGAGCCCCUUGAGAACCAGCGGGGCCCCACUCCCUACCCAAAUCGCCAACACCUCCUCAACGGGCCUUGCAGGAUAGAGAGGUUGGAUGGACCCGGGGGAUGGAGAAGGGGAGAAAUAACGCGGGGUGGGGAGAGGGUGCCCCCAAGAAGGGAGGCUCCAGGAAAGCGAAACGUAGUUUGGCAGGCGGAGGGCCGCGAGCCCCAGCGAAGAGGGGCUGGGGGAGGCCAGGGGAAGAGGCCUUGGACCCGCGCCAGCCAGAUGCGAAGCUUUCAAGGACACGUCUGCACCGGCCCGGCGGGGGUGCGUGUGCGUGAGUGUGUCCGCGUGCGUGGGAGUGUGCGCGGGUGGGGGGGCUGCUACAGGGGGCGACCCCGGGCGUCCCCACCCGCGCUGCUCCCAGCCAAGGCCCGGCUUCUCCCACCUCCGCGUUUUCCGGCCCCCGCGGCCCGGGGACGGGAUCCUAGCCCGCCCCCGCCCCGCCCCCACAUUGCGGCGCGGCCACCACUGCCGCCUCGGCUCCCACGGCCCGCGGCGGGGACAGGGAGGAGCCCAGGCACUAUGACCCCCUCCCAUGCCGCCUGGCCCUCAGCGCAGAGGUGUGCCCCCCCCAAGAGGGCACUCUUUCCACCUCCGCCGCCCCUCCCAGAUCCGCUGGCGCCCCGCACCCCCAGCCACAGGUGGCCGGAGGAGGAUCUGUGCGCAGCGCUCCCCGGCCCGGCCCCGCGAUCACCCCUCGGCCCGCCCCCGGGAGCCUCCGGGUCCCCCGCCCCGCGGGGCCGAGGAGGCCGGGAGCCGGGGGGAGGGGCGGGGGGCCGGGUCGUGCCAGGCUGCCAUUUUCUGCCGCCGCCGCGGAGCCUGCGCGGGGCCCGGCCCCCGCCCCCUCUCCUGGGCCGCGGCGGGGGCCAAUAAUUCUGCGUCGGGGUCCGCGCCCUCCAGCGCCCCGGCCCCAGGCCCCAGGCAGGGCCACCGGGCAGAGGCAGAGCCCGGAAGGCGGGAGCAGCCAGGCCCGGGCCCCUGCGGCAGCGCUGAGCCGGGCACCGUGGCUGAGGCUGGCGGCGGAGGGGGGCCCCCCGCGGCAUUGUAUAGACUUGAACUUGAGCCCGGAGCCGGGCGGGGGCGGGGAGGGGGGUCCGCGCCGUGAGCGGGCGGGACGGGAGGGGGCGCCUGCCGAGCCCGCGGGGACAUAAACAAACCCUCAAAUCCCCCGCGCCGCCCGGGCCAACCCGGCCCACGGUCCCCGCCCGCAGCUCUGGUUCCGCAGGCGCCCAGCGCCGAGUUACAGGGGUCCAGGAGCGUGCCCCGACCCGGGUACUGCCCGCCACGGUGCCCCCGGCCCGGCCUUCCCUGCUCCCCGCCCGCCUCCGAGCCAGCCUCCAGGGCCGCCAGCG